AUGCCCGAAGAGAUAUGGGAUGCCCGCCCCCGCUACUCGGUGAGCAAUUGGCUGCUUCUGCUCCAGGGAAGGACAAUCGAAUCUCCAGCAUUAGAAAUCUCUACAACGGCCUUAUUCGCGGCUAGAGUAGGUCGCAUUUAUGGGGAUCGCGAUUUGGUUUACAGGAGUCGCUCUAUAUACACCGAUGGCCUUCAUCAGCUUCAGCAGGCACUCAGGAAUCCGUCAUGCCGGUUAUCUGAUGAAACACUGGCAGCUUGCAUCGCUCUAUCAUUUUAUGAAAUUAGCGAGGGGCCUCCGGGAUCAGAGAAUGCUUACGGGACUCAUGCGAGGGGCGCUAUAAACCUUCUACAGAUGCGUGGCCCUGAAGCAUCUGGGGACUCGACUCUGGGCCAUGCGCUGUUUUUGGCUUUGCGAGUACAGAUAAUUCUCACAAGUUUAGAUUAUCGUCAACCUUCAUUUCUUUCGAAUCCGGAGUGGUUGGAAAAGCCUUGGCGCACGAUACCCAAGUCCCCAGCUGAUAGAUUGUGGGACCUUCUUGCUGAUAUAGUAGGUGUAAAUUCCAAGGUCGACAAAGCAAUCGAGGAAUUUAAACAAAACGAGACUCUUCUUCAAGUGGCACUCGAAAAAGUUCAUCUCGAAUGCCUGGAUAUUCGUGCCGCUCUGCGUGAUCUGUAUGAGGAGUUUGAACAGACCAUCUCCGGUCCACUAUUCUGGCCAGAGCUUUCCACGCUGGAAUCAUCCGAUAUUCUCAUCGAUGAUCAGGAGGCCCAGAUAUUUCCCGUCUCUUUUCACUUCUCCAAUUUCAUGGUUGCUCAGUUCUUAGUCACCUACUGGUCAAGCAUGAUCUUACUUCAUCGUGAACUGGCAUCAAUUUACCACCAAAUGGCUACACCCGACACUCUCAUAUUCUUACCCCGGGCGCAAGAUGCUGCCAGUACAGUAUACACCAUGGUGAAGAAUAUCUGCCAGUCUGUCGAGUAUAUGACUCAACCCCGAAUGGGCGGCUCAGGUCUGCUAGCUAUAAUUGCGCCACUCCGGGGGUGCAAGCCCGCACUGAUCAGUGUGGCUGUGUUGCGGAACGAGGGAUUAAGUCGGGAAAUUGCUUGGGUCAACGAGUUAGUGGCACGGACGCAGCGCCGGUUUAGUUUCGAUAUUACGCUGAGUUUGGAUCUUUAUUGA